AUGGCGAACUAUGCCAAGAAACAUCAAGAAUUUAUUCAUCCUUGUAGAGAUAAUGGGGGAUCGCAACGACAAAAUUCCGGACCCGGGGGUCGUCAGAGGAAUAAACGUAAAGGUUUAAAAAUUCAAGAGCAAGCAGAGCAGACUGUAAUCUCGAUUAUGGUCGUGAAAAAUGACAGUGAUGAGUUUAUUAAAAUUAACUGCACAGGAAGUGUCUCCCUUCAAAGAGAAAAUAAGGUGGAAAAGCAUAAACUUUUGACCGUACCCAAAGAUUCUAGCCCUACCGUCAGCCUUCCUGAUCAUAAAGAGCAGCUUUUAUUACAAAGAACUUCCAAGUCAGAAUUGUUUCGUGAUGUUCGUGAGCCACUGACCUCGGAAGAGUACGAACGCUUGUUGGAUGAAGAUGGUAGGAUAGUAGAUGACCACAAGUUGCGACAAAUAGUGUUUAGGCGUGGCAUAAAAUCUGACAUCAGAAGCGAUAUUUGGAAAUUUCUUUUUGGCUUUUUCCCUUUUCAUUCAACCAGGAGAGAAAGAGAAGUGAUUUAUAUCGAUCACUGCCUUCAGUACCAGGCUUUAAAGAAACGCACAGCAGAAUUUAUUAGGGAAAAUAACUCGAUUGAUUUAUCUCCUAUGUCAGACAGUUACGAUCAUGAUGAUAUUGCAGAUUCUCAAAAUUACAAGUUUACAACUGUGAAAGAAUCAGUUGCUGAGUUUUCAGACUCUGCAAAAGAUGAAACAAAACAACUGAUAACAAGUAUAAAGUUUCUUGCUGAGGUUAAGGCUGUGAGACUUAAACCGAAAGCAGAAAGACUGGACGAAGAUAUCAGAAUGAUAAAUAAAGAUGUUACACGUACUGACAGAGACCAGAAAUAUUUCAAAGGAAAAAAUAAUCCAAAUCUCUUUGUAUUGAAAGACAUUUUAACAACUUUUAUCUUUUCUCACGAAGAAAUUGGUUACACUCAAGGGAUGAAUGACAUACUCAGCCGAUUUCUGGUGGUUCUAAAAACUGAAGUAGAAGCUUACUGGUGUUUCACCAGAUAUGUAGAAAGUGUCUCUGCAGAUUUUCAGGAAGAAGACUCGUGUGAUUUGGGAAAAUUAACAUUUUGUCACAGGUGGUUGCUAGUUGGCUUCAAACGAGAAUUUGAAUUUGAAGAAGGACUUAGACUUUUUGAAAUUCUAAGCAGCCAUUUUCUGGAAAUGUCAUCUCUUGAGGCAGAAAAAGUCAGAGUUCAUAAAAGAAGAAAAAGUUUUGAAAAAGAAAAAGAACUUGUGUGUUGUCUUGAUAGAGGUCUUGAUCUACGACUCACUUUUGACUUAUUUGUCUGUGUUGCUAUUUUAGUGAGUCAACGCAAUCGCAUCCUGAAAUGUAGGGAUGCAGUAGAAAUGUUUAAAUGUAUAGCUAAACUUACUCGUUAUUCAAGUCUUGAGGAAAUCUUGUUCAAAGCAGAAACACUUUUCUUUGAUUAUUGCCAAAAGUCUGUAGUUGACAGUUUCCAAGUGAUAUUUCAUUAA